AUGUCUAAGCACAACUUUUACAAGGAGCCUGAGUUUGAUACUCUUCAACUCCACGCUGGCCAGACUCCGGACCCCGCAACAAACGCUCGCGCGCCCCCUAUAUAUGCAUCGACGAGUUUUGUUUUCAACGAUUCUCAGGCACGGCAUGGUGCCGACCUCUUUAGUUUCAAGGCUGUAGGUAAUAUCUAUAGUCGUGUCGGAAACCCUACGGUAGAGGUCUUUGAGCAACGAAUCGCGGCACUGGAAGGUGGGGCCGCCGCUGUCGCCGCCGCUAGCGGACAGGCCGCGCAGUUUAUGGCUAUUUCUGCUAUCGCUAAUGCAGGAGACAAUAUCGUUAGCACCUCAUAUCUAUACGGUGGAACAUACAAUCAGUUCAAAGUCCUUCUGAAAAAGUACGGGAUUACAGUCAAGUUUGUCAAGGAUGACUCUCCAGAGGCGUUUGCCGCCGCUAUCGACGAGAACACCAAGGCGAUCUAUGUCGAGAGUAUCGGAAACCCCAAGUACAACAUCGCUCCUCUCCCUGAACUUGCUAAGGUUGCACACGAUCAUAAAAUCCCUCUUAUUGUUGAUAAUACAUUUGGUGCUGGAGGAUAUUAUGUUAGGCCCAUUGAACACGGCGCUGACAUCGUGGUACACAGCGCAACCAAGUGGAUUGGAGGUCAUGGUACUACUAUUGCCGGUGUCGUCGUUGAUUCGGGAAAGUUUGAUUGGGUGGCGUCUGGCCGGUUUCCUGGCUUCACUGAGCCAAGUGAAGGGUAUCACGGUAUGAAGUUCAGCGAAACAUUUGGAUCGGUUGCUUUUGCAGUAAAGCUACGUGUCGAAAUUCUCCGUGAUGUUGGAGCAGCCCUAAAUCCUUUUGGCGCAUUCUUGCUUCUACAAGGCAUUGAGACCCUGAGCUUACGAGCUCAGAGACAUGCGGAUAACGCAAUAGCUCUUGCAGAAUGGCUUGAUCAGCACCCGGCUGUAUCUUGGGUAGCUUAUCCUGGCCUGCCUAGCCACCCGAGCCACGCAAACGCCAAGAGACUACUCCGCCCGAACACAUACGGUGGGGUAUUAAGCUUCGGUGUCAAAGGUGAUGCAAAAAUUGGAAGUGCUGUUGUCGACAAGCUCAAGCUUGCGAGCAAUCUUGCAAACGUGGGCGAUGCCAAAACAUUAGUCAUCCACCCGGCAACGACCACUCACCAGCAACUUACGACGGAGGAACAGUUUGCAUCGGGCGUGACUCCUGAUCUGAUUCGGGUGUCCGUUGGAAUCGAGGAUAUCUUGGACAUCAUCGCCGACUUCAGUCAUGCGUUGGCGCUUGUAAUUUCGGGGCCGGCCAAGGCACAAGAGAAGAACCUUGCUGGUGCUACACAUCACGUGAAAUUGUAA